AUACAAUGAACACGGAUGUCCUUGAAAGUGGUUUCACAGCGUGGGACGAUGAGAAGAAUGGAUUUCACUUCGAUACAAAUAUUUGUUCUAAUGCACCAUGUGGACAUUAUACACAAAUAAUCUGGGCAGAGAGUACUGCAUUAGGAUGCGGAGUUUCUAAUUGUCCCUCCAUGACAAACCUUCCGGAAUACGACUUCGUUGAUUAUUGGGUAUUUUUAGUGUGUAAUUAUGGACCAGGAGGUAAUAUAAAUGGGAGAUUACCGUACGUUGAAGAUACGUCAGGACGUAGCGAUGGAACUGGUGGAGAACCUGCAACAAGUAAUGGAUGCCGGAAAUGAAAAUUUUGAACAAAUCCUGAACAAACGAACAAGCCUGGGAAUAUGCCUACUGUAUUUCUUCUACUGAAUCUUUGACUGUUUGACGUUUGUUGUUAAUGUUAUAGUGUGUAUUUCAUGAACUGAAUCUUUG